AUGGUCAACCAGAUGGCCACCGACAUGGCCGAGCUCAUGGCCCUAGUCAAAGGCCUAACUUCUACUUCUUCGAGUUCCACCUCGCCUUCGGGGAUCGGGCCAACAGUUGACCUUAUCCCUUGGGUCCUGCCAACCCUUGUUCUAGAGAAUAUAGAAGCGCUAGCAUCGACAAUGUAUGUACCGGCAGUCCACCCUAUUGACAUCCCAUCGCCGCCAUCCGCCGUUCCAGCAGCCGCACCUUCCUCGCUGGUGGCACUUUCAACAUCAGGACCGGCUUUGUUCAUGCCUCCCUAUGUCUCCAUGCCAGCCAUGGCUCCGAUCUACACCAUCCCUCCACCGAUGAUAAUGCUGGCACCGAGCGCCCCUGCUCCUGCUCCACCUCCCACAAGCAUCCCCGUCCCUGAUCUGAGCGCGCCAACUCAAGCGGCCCUUGUAGCUCCACCAACAAAUCUUCUCCCUGAAAUGGAGACAUAA